UUGAAAUCUAGAGAAAGACAAAGACAAACAAAAAAGUAUAUUGGAUCGAAGUUGAUACCAGAAAAGAGGUUUUUGGAAAUGGACGGCGCAGGCGAAGAAGAAAUGAAGCCAUGGGAGCAGCAUUCGAGCGUAAUCAGACUUCCUCGGUUUGACUACAAUGCUCCGUCUUCUCUUCUCACUCAUUCUCAUUCCGCCUUUCUUAUCACUUGUACAAUCAAGCGUGAGAAAAGUGCUACUAAAGAAGCUAUUAACCUCCUUCAUAACUUCCUACUUAAUGAUGAUGUCUCUUCCAAGAGAAGGAGGUUAGAUAACAAAGAUGGAGGAGGAGGAGAAGUGACAACUGAUCUUUCCUUGGUUAAACUCAUAAGGAAUGGUUUGGUACUUUUUAUCUUUCCUCAAGACACCUUCCAUGACACUGUUCCUAUUGUCUCUAAUAUCAUUCAGGCUUUGGAAUCUCGGAAGAUUACUUUGCCUCUUUGGUGCCACCGCAUUUUGCCGAUCCAAGCUACCUGUAGUUUGAACGAAAAAGAACUGCAAGAAGUAGUAUCAAUGCUUGUUAAAAAAUUUGUGGAUGCUAACCAGGAUCAACUGGGACGACCUUUAAAGUUUGCUGUCGGGUUUAACCGAAGAGGAAUAGAAGAGACAAAAUCUGCAAAAGAAAAUUUAAAUGGUUCUAAUAGUUUGCUGGACCGCAAUAAAUGCUUUCAAAUAGUGGGUACCGCUGUCAAUAGUGUUGUGAAAGAUUCAGUAGUGGAUCUAAGGUCUCCAGAGCUAUCUGUUUUUGUUGAGGUUCUGCCCCUUUCUGGAGUACCUAAUGGGUCCAUAGUGGUUGCUGUUUCUGUUCUUCCCAGCAACCUUGUUAGCACUAAGCCUCGACUCUCUGUUAAGGCCCUUAAUUCUAAUACUAAGGAAGGGUCCGUGGCUCAAUGAGAUACUGUUUCACUUCCAACAUUUUUUUUAUUAGUAGGUACCUUACACACUAAGUACCAACCACUUGCACUGUUUUACUUCAGCAUGCUUUAGGUGGUAGUGGACGCUGUUGCAUUGUCAAUGUCAGGUUGUAUAUCCUUGAAAUAUCUGGUGGAUUUCGUAUGACCCUGCAAAUGGUAAUUUAAAGAACAACAGUGUAAUGUGUCCCUUAUAAACCUAAUAAAACUCACAUGACAUGUAGUAUUAUUCUCACACUUUCUAACAAGUAAAAGCUGUAGCCAAUUUUACUUUACUCCAGCUAUUAAUGAUUCAGCUAACCUGUUAUUAA